ACACCUAGUCCCACUUGAUGGCUAAAUAUGAAAAUAAAAUAAAACAAAAACAAAACCACCUUCUGCAGUUCUGCUCUUGCCUCCAAUGAAGUAUGAUGAGGUACUAUCUACUAGGAAUGGAUAUCCAAUAAAGUUUCAAUUCCAUGUCUCUGAUAAUUAAUUUGUUAAAAAAUUCCUCAGCCACCGAAUUUGCUUUCUUCUGUGUAUAUAAAGACUCCAUUAUGUUUCAGUCCCUUUAGCAUCAAUCCAUUGUCUAAUCUAACAACCUUGGUGCUCACUGAACCACUCUUUAGAACUUAAAUGUUCUCUUCUUAAUUGAAAGACAGAAAGAGAUCAUCUGGAGAACUUUCUAAGUUCCCCCAAACACUUCAAUCAGAAACAUGGCAGCUUCUUUAGCCAUUGAAACCAAUACUGCUUCCCAAGAGAUGCUCGACCUUGAGCAAAAUGGUCAAGCUGAAAGGGCUCACUGGGUGCUCAACCCUCCUGAGCCACCCAGCUUGUGGCGUGAGCUCAUGGGUUCGAUAAGGGAUACUUUGUUGCCUAAUGGCAGAAACUUCCAAUCUUUCAAGAAUCAGCAAUAUGGAUUCAAAACUGUUGUGUCAGUAUUGCAGGCAAUAUUUCCUAUUCUUUCUUGGUCUCGAGACUACAAAGCAACAAAGUUCAAGAACGAUCUUUUGGCCGGUCUUACUCUUGCUAGCCUCUGCAUUCCUCAGGGUAUUGGAUACGCAACUUUGGCAAAACUGGAUCCUCAAUAUGGCCUCUAUACAAGUGUAAUUCCACCUCUCAUUUAUGCUCUAAUGGGAACUUCAAGAGAGAUAGCAAUUGGACCAGUGGCAGUGGUUUCACUACUUUUAUCAUCAAUGAUCCAGAACGUAGAAGAUCCUACUGCUAAUCCAGUUGCCUACAGAAACCUCGUUCUUACUACAACAUUUUUUGCAGGAAUCUUUCAGGCUGCCUUUGGACUAUUCAGGUUAGGUUUUCUUGUGGAUUUCCUAUCCCAUGCUGCAAUUGUUGGAUUCAUGGCAGGGGCAGCCAUUGUUAUUGGCCUUCAGCAACUGAAAGGACUACUUGGGAUUUCUCAUUUCACAAACAAGACUGAUGUUAUCUCUGUCCUGAAAGCUACUUGGAUAUCAGUUCAUCAUUCUUGGAAUCCCCAUAAUUUUAUCCUUGGAUGUUCAUUCUUAAGUUUUAUCCUGACCACCAGAUUUCUGGGUAAAAAGAACAAGCAACUCUUCUGGUUGCCGGCUAUUGCUCCUCUGCUUUCUGUUGUUCUAUCAACUCUUAUUGUUUACCUGACAAGAGCUGAUCAACAUGGUGUAAAGAUCAUCAAACAUAUCAAAGGGGGCUUAAAUCCUAGCUCACUCCAUCAGUUACAAUUCAAUGACCCACAUAUUGGAGAAGUAGCUAAAAUCGGACUUAUAGUUGCUAUAAUUGCGCUCACGGAGGCAAUUGCAGUAGGCAGGUCUUUUGCAUCGGUAAAAGGAUACCAUUUAGAUGGAAACAAAGAAAUGGUUGCCAUGGGAGUGAUGAACAUCUUCGGAUCUUUCUCUUCUUGCUAUGUUGCAACUGGUUCAUUUUCGCGCAGUGCUGUAAAUUUUAGUGCUGGUUGUGAGACUGCAGUGUCAAACAUUGUGAUGGCAACUACGGUGAUCAUAUGCUUGGAACUUUUGACAAGGCUUUUGUACUUCACUCCAAUUGCAAUCCUUGCUUCAAUUAUUCUUUCAGCAUUACCAGGACUCAUUGACCUUAAUGAAAUCUAUAAGAUUUGGAAGGUUGAUAAGCUAGAUUUCCUUGCUUGCAUUGGAGCCUUCUUUGGUGUGUUAUUUGCAUCAGUAGAGAUUGGCCUACUAGCUGCGGUGACAAUAUCUUUUAUGAAGAUCAUUAUAAUCUCGAUUGGACCAGGAACUGAAAUCCUUGGAAGACUACCUGGAACUCAAGUGUUUGGAGAUGUCGAUCAAUAUCCUAUGGCAAUUAAAACUCCUCCCGUGCUUAUAAUCCGUGUUAAGUCUGGCUUCCUUUGUUUUGCCAAUGCCAACUUUGUCAAAGAAAAGAUUAUGAAAUGGGCAACUGAAAAGGAAGAAGAAGAAAACAGGAAAACGACUAUCCAAGUUGUAAUAUUUGACAUGUCCAAUUUAGCAAACAUUGACAUUGCUGGAAUUGCUUCACUGAAAGAACUCCAUAUGAAUCUUGUCUCAAAUGGAAUCGAGCUAGCCAUCAUUAACCCAAGGUGGCAUGUGAUUCAGAAGCUAAAAUUAGCCAACUUUGAGAGCAAAAUUGGAGGAAAUAUUUUCUUAACUGUUGGAGAAGCUGUGGAUGCAUGUCUGAAUCCUAAGAUUGCUGCCAUUAGUUAAGUAAAAAAAUAUAUUAAAUUAAAUGUCUUUUGUCUAGCUUCCUUUUCUUGUUACCUCUCUUAUGCGGUUGGGGUCUAGUCCCUUGAUCUUACCUGCAUCAAUGGACAUGUAAUAAAUUGUGCUCUUUUGUCCUUUUAAAUCUCCUCUGAAGAGAAAAAGGAAAGCAGUUGUAUAACAUUAAUAAAAGCUUUAUGUUUCUGCAAAACACGAAAAUAUGUAAAAUGAAUAAAACUUAUGCAAUAUGUAGUAUGUAACUUCUUCUUGUUA